UAAUGGACGAUAAACAAAAUUCAGAGAAGAAGAUAAUUUUAAUUUUAAAAGUUGCUCACUCACUGCUCCUUCAAAUGUUUAGCGGUGUGUUAUCUUCUUCAAACAAUUAAUGCUAUAACCCAUUUUUCUCUGACACCUUUUACUCUUUCAAACUGUCUUUAAUCCUUAACCCUUACUGCAUUUUCAUUUUUGGACCAUCCCUUGGUUUUCUGUAUUGAACCCUAAAUUCAUAUCUCACACAUUCCUCACUUCUCUUCUCUUUUUUUCCUUUCUUCUAAAUGUGAACACCACUAAAAAAGUUUCGUGCUUCAAGUUGAAAAUUGUGUUUUUAGUGCUUCGAGUGAGUGUUAAAUUUUUAAUUUUGUAUUAAAUUUUUAAUCUUUUUGUCAUUUCAAGACUACCCAUUUGUGCUUGGUUGUUUUUUAGACUCUCCCGUUUUUAUUUUUUUUGGGUCAGUUGGGAUUUAGUUGAUUUUUUCAGUUUAGAACGAAGAUUAAAGAACCAAGAUUUACGUGGUCUCCAUUUUGAAGGAUCUCAAGUUUUAGUCAACAAUUGUUUGAUAAUUUUGGUUUGCAUAUGUAAUAAUGGAGGGUGAGAGAAAGCGUUCAAAAGGAAGCUUUUUCCGCUUAUUCGAUUGGAAUGGAAAGUCUCGUAAGAAGCUGUUCUUGAACAACCUUGAAUUGCCUGAAGGAGCAAAGCAAGGAUCAGAAAAUGUUGAAACUGAAAGUAUAGCUAAACCAGAACUUUAUGCGAUAGAGGUGGAUGAUAGAAGAGCAAAUUUAAGUAACAAGGGCAGUAGUGACUUUAGUUGUGCUUCGUCCGUAACCAGUGAUGACGGAUAUGGAAGUAAAGCACCUGGAGUGGUUGCUAGACUUAUGGGCUUGGAUUCUUUGCCAACAUCAAAGUUUGCCGAGCCUUCUUCUACCCCAUUUCUUAAUUCCUCCUUGUUUAGGGAUUCUCAAUAUGAUAGAAGUACCCCUAGUUUAUGGAAUGAUUAUGUUUCUGGCAAUCAGGAAGGAUAUUCUUGGGAUUUUGUGGAAUCAAAGUCACAAAAGGUGCAAAACCGAACAACUGAGAGAUUUCAUACUGAAAUGUUACCUCCGAAAUCAGCUAAAUCAAUUCCGGCUACCCACCACAAGUUAUUAUCUCCAAUUAGGAGUCCUGCAUUUAUCCCGACAAGGAAUGCUGCUUACAUAAUGGAGGCAGCUGCAAAGAUAAUUGAGUCAAGUCCUAAGGCAACUAUGAAUGGUAAAAUGCCAUCAAUAGCAUCAUCUUCAGUUCCCUUAAGAAUUCGGGAUUUGAAACAGAAAAUGGAAGCAGCACAUACAGCAUCUAAGUCUCAAAGAUCAAAUAGUUUGUUUGCUGCCAAGAAUGCUAAAGGACAGCAAUGUGACAGGAGUCCAAGUGGAUCAGAAGGCAUUUCAUCGUGCAAGGCUUUACCGUUUUCUGAAAAAUGCAAUCCUGAGAGUGUAAAAAAUAAGGGAAAAUCAGCUCCACUUGCAGUACAAGCGUCCAAGGUUCGGAGAAGGGAGGGAUUUACAUCGACUAAUAGCAACAUUAAAAAGCAAGAAAUAAGCUCUAAUCAUUCCUCUAAGCGACCGGCCAGUACAGAGAAGACCAAGAGAAAUUCUGAAAAUAGGACGACUAAUGUGCUUGGGCAGAAUAAUCAGAAGCAAAAUUGUCCAUCUGGUAAAGAGAGGUCAACUUCAAAAAAUGUCAUUUCUAACCAGGUAGGUAGCAGAGCUCAGACCAUGAAUGGUUCUCCUGGGCAAAGUAGGACUGCAAAUAGAGUUGUUUUAAAGUCUCAAGCAUCCAAAAAGACGCGCUCAGUGGUCACAGAUUCUGAAAAAGAGAAACCAAAUAAAAAAUCUUUGAAGAAGAAGCCUGUAAUUGGUGAGCUUCAAACUGGAAGAAGUGUUCCUGAUAAUGCAUCAUUGAAGAGAGAGGAGACGUCUAUCAUUGCAGUAGAUGGACACACAAACACCGGUAUAGAUAAUCGGAAGAACAAUAUGGAAGUAGUUUCAUUUACAUUCACAUCCCCUGUCAAGAAGGCCACACCUAGCUCACAGCCCUUGGUGAUGGGAAAAUAUAGCAACUCUGCGAUUGAUUUGCUUGGUAUUAAUGAUAAUUCCUACUUUAGUAAGUCUACAUCUUUGAAUAUAAUUGGUGGUGAUGCUUUGGGUGUUCUUUUGGAACAAAAGCUGCGUGAAUUAGCAAAUAAAGUUGAUUCAUCGCAAAUUGACAUGAUCAGAGAUGACACUUCUGCUAGCUCUACAUCCAGGUUGCAGAAUUCCAUGUCCAUAUGCAAUGUGAUUAGCACCAUUGCUGAAACACAGGUCAAGAGAUCUCUACUUGUAGAGAAAGACAAAUCAGACCAUCCAGAUGACUAUAUUUGCUUUUCAGUUGACAAUUCAAGGCUUAAUGAGAACCUAAAGUGGCAGGGAUCGAAAGAAGUGGAAGAGUGCAGCAGCAGCAGUAACUUCAGUGAAGCUGAAAAGGACCAAUAUCAAUAUUAUAGUCCAGUUUCAAUUCUUGAACCUUCUUUUGAGAGUGGAAGUUGCUCAAAUACCAAUGCUGAAUCUGACGAAGCGCGUAAUGGAUUUUCUACAAAUGAGACCUUAGAAAUGGAAGAAGAGACAGAAUUAUCGGACUCGGCAUCCUCAAUAUCUACAGUAGAGAUUGGAAGAAAGCACAUAGCUAAAACCUUCACCGCACCACAGUUUAAGCAAUCAAGUGAAUGGGAACUAGAUUACGUGAGGGACGUGAUCAACAAUGCAGAGCUGAUGUUGACAGAUUUCAGAUUGGAUCAGACCGCGAUGGUCGUAAAUCCAUAUCUUUUUCAUCUGUUGGAGAUUCAACAGAAUGAAACAGAAAGAAACGAAGAAGAGCUCGCCAAGCUUGAACGAAAGGUUUUUUUCGACUGUGUUAGCGAAUGUUUGGAGCUCAUGUGUGGGCAAACUUUUGUUGGUAGCUACAAAUCAUGGGAUAAAACUUGGAGAUUGUUUCAAAGAAAGGGUUGGUUGGCAGAGGAAUUGUGGAAAGAGAUCUCAGGUUGGAAAAGCAUGGGAGACUUAAUGGUGGAUGAGCUUGUUGAUAACGACAUGAGCGUCGGAUAUGGGAGAUGGCUAGACUUUAAGGUAGAAGCAUUUGAAGAAGGUGUAGGGAUUGAAAAAGAGAUUCUAACUUGUUUGGUUGAUGAAUUGGUUUCUGAUUUAUUUAUUUUGUAAAGCCAUUUUAAAGGGGAUUCUGCCAAUUACAAGCAGCAUUCUUUUGUGUUGAUGUUAGGAAACAAUGUAUAUGAUCUUCCACUUAAACUCCAAUCUUAUCUUUUCCA